AGUGACAUCUACCGUUCUUUUUUUGUGGGUAGAUAGUAUUCCAGGAGAAUUAUUGAUUUAUUUGAGGAACAAUAGAUGUUUUGGAGGAUAUCUUGGAAGAUUAGCAUUGACUUCUUAAUUAUAGCUUGUAUUUGAGAUGUCUAAGACUUCCAGAGGCUUUAUUGCCAUUCAUUGCGGUGCUGGUUAUCACUCGAAAAAAAAAAGCGAAAAUUACAAUGCUCUUGCAAGAAAGGCAUGUCGAGCCGCAAUUGAGGCUUUGCGAUCCGGCAAGUCAGCGAGAGAAGCCGUUGUCUUAGCAAUAACUUGCUUAGAAGAUGAUACAAUUACAAAUGCUGGAAACGGAUCGAACCUAACUUUUGCGGGUGACGUCGAAUGUGACGCCUCUAUAAUGUGUGGAAGAACACUUAAUUUUGGAGCUAUAGGAGCUGUUUCUCAUGUGAAAAACCCAAUUAAAUUGGCUCAUGAGCUUCUAGUAUAUCAAGAAGAAGUAGAAUCUAAUCUAAUGGGAAGAAUUCCUCCAAAUAUGUUAUGCGGUAAAGGUGCUAAAAAAUUUGCAAAAGAGAGAAACUUGGAAGUGGUUGGAUCUCAAGAGCUCAUUUCUGACGACAUGUUUCGUCAACAUUGUAAAUAUACAAAAGCAUAUACCAAAGAAUUAAAAAAGUUUCAAGAAAACUCCUUACCACCCUCUAAAAAACAACGUGUUGAUAGUGAGAAUAUUUUUAAAACCAACGAUAGUAAUCAAGAUAAAAGUAUUCUUCACGACACUGUGGGAGCUGUUUGCGUUGAUUGCUAUGGUAAUGUUGUUGCAGGAGUAUCCAGCGGUGGGAUCCUUAUUAAACAACCUGGUAGAGUUGGACAAGCGGCUAUGUAUGGGGCUGGAUGUUGGGCUGAUAAAAAAAAUGAUGAUUGCAUUGCCAUAUCGACAACUGGCAGUGGAGAGAGUCUAACAAAAACCCUUCUAGCUUAUUCGCUGGCGCUGAAACUACAGAAAUCUCAUAGUAUUAUUACAGAUCUUGAUGAAGUCUUUAAUGAUUGUUUUAUGAAUUCUAGAUUUGUUAAUGACGUCACUGGUAGAUUUGCUGGCGUUUUAGGCGUAAAAUCAACCCCAUUGGAAAAAAACGAUACUACAGAUACAGAAUUUGAAAUUUUCGUAACUUUUUCAAGUGAUAGUAUGAGCAUAGGCUAUCAAACAACGGCUGACGAAGAAGCCUCGGCUGAGAUUCUUAGAAAGGCGAAGGAUCAGACAACGGCUGCCUUUCAUAAAACUCUCUAG